AUGCAAAAAUUAAAUGAAAAGAGAAAAAAUCAAGAUCCAAAUAUAGAACAAAAAAUAAAAAAAACUAAUACUGAAACACCUUAUGCACUCAAUUCAAAUCUACUUUACAUAUUGUCAAAAUAUGAUAAAAGAAUUAUAUUUUUACACCAGUGUAGCAGGUUAAGACGUUCUAAAAAAUUUUUAAGAUCUUCAAUAAAACACGUUGAGAAGAUUCAAUUUGAUGAAAAUUUAGACUUUUAUUGUAAUCUUAAGAGUGUAAUAUUUAAAUUCACCAAUGUAGUAGAUUUAGGAUACUUUAAAAAUAGAAAACUGUUAUCACUAGAAUUGAACCAAGUUGAAACUAUAAAAAUGUCCUUUGAUUUUAGUGUCAAAGAACUUAGACUGCUAAACUGUAAAAUAGAUUUAAAAACAUUUAUUAAAAUAUUAAAUAUAUGUAAUUUAGAAAGCUUGACACUUAUAAAUGUAUUGAUAUACCACCAACACAAACCAGCAGAUAGUUAUAAAGCAUAUACAUCUGAAAGCGAUGAUUUAACGUACAGUAAUCUUUCUUUUUAUGAUAUGGAAGAAAAACGUACAGAUUUUUUAAUCAACAGUAAAAUUAACCUAUUACUAGAAAAAUUAAGUCUAAAAAAAUUAACUUUAGUAGACACAAAUAUAAAAUUAGAAAAUUUGAAUAAUUUUACAUCUCUAAAUAUUUUAAGUUAUAAAUAUAACUCUAUUUAUAUGUUUUAUUCAUUCUCUAAGACAGUUUAUUCGUAUUUGAAAACAUCUUAUGAUGAAUUUUGGUGUAUGGAAGAUAUAGAACACCUUAUACUUUUUAAUAAAAAAAUUUUACAAAAAGAUUAUACAUUCAAAAAUAUUAAAAAGCUUGAAAUAUUUAAUAACACUAUUUCCAGUGAUAUUAUGAAUCUUAUUGUCAAAAAAUUCAGUAGUGUAAAAGAGUUAAGUUUUAAUGGUUGUGUGUUUACAGAUGUAAGUUAUAAAAGAAUGUGUUCUUUUUUCGGACACAAAAUUGAGUAUUUAAAUUUAAUUGAUUCUGAACUGCCACAAGAUGCACUUUUUGAAUUAAAGAAAAGUUUUAAAGAUUGUAAGAUAAUUUUUAGAGACAAAUCAAUAUUAAAUUUUUAG